UCAGAGUAUAAUGGCAAGCCCACAUUCACAGAGAUCGUGGUGGCUUCCUCUAUUGGGUUGAUAUUUGCCGCAGCAAUGCAUUAUCGCGUUAAAACAAAUAGGGAUCGACAGAUCAUGCCACGUCUGAGAAAAUCAAAGGCAAACCAAACCCCAAAGCUUGAAAAGUUCUCUCAUUACGUAGCUAGGCAAAUGGGGUUGAAAGACAGGAGAAGUUGUCCUCUUCUUUGUAAAUUGGCUUCUGAAUACAUAAGGAAUUCAGAGGAUUGUGAAGAUGAUCUCUACGCCUUCUUCGAGAACGAACCAGAUGCGGAUUCACUUUCAGUCAAGCUUGUGGAGGAGUUUGAGAGAUGCAUUCUUAGUUACUUUGCAUUCCAUUGGACCCAUGGUGAUGUUUUGAUAAGUCAGGUGUUUAGCUCUGAAGUUGAACCAAAAGCGAAGCUCAGGCACAUAGUUAUGGCGGCAACUAGGGAACAAAGGUUCGAGAGAGUGACCAAGAAUCUGAAGGUGGCUAGAGUUUUCAACACAUUAGUGGAAGAGAUGAAAGCAAUGGGACUUGCCACAAAUGAUGACUCUCAAUGCACAGAGGUGAUGGCUCCAGUAGCACACUGUGAUAGGAGCCCAGUGCUUCUUUUCAUGGGUGGUGGCAUGGGAGCUGGCAAGAGCACUGUGCUUAAGGACAUUCUCAAAGAACCUUUCUGGGCAGGAGCAGCAGGUAAUGCCGUAAUCAUUGAGGCAGAUGCCUUCAAAGAAUCAGAUGUCAUCUAUAAGGCCCUCAGUGCAAGAGGGCAUCAGGACAUGAUUCGAACAGCUGAACUGGUACACCAAUCAUCCACUGAUGCAGCCUCAUCCCUCCUAGUAACAGCACUAAAUGAGGGGCGUGAUGUAGUUAUGGAUGGCACACUCUCCUGGUUACCAUUUGUUGUGCAGACAAUAACAAUGGCUAGAAAUGUCCACCGCCGCCGUUACCGCAUGGGACCUGGCUACAAGGUAAACGAGGAUGGAACUGUGACCGAAAACUAUUGGCAGCGAAUUGAGGGGGAAGGGCCAGAACUAGUUGGAGGCAAAAUGAGAAAACCAUAUAGGAUAGAGCUGGUUGGAGUAGUAUGUGAUGCUUAUCUUGCAGUCAUUAGAGGCAUAAGGAGAGCUAUCAUGUGUAGAAGAGCAGUAAGAGUGAAGUCACAAUUGACAUCUCACAAGAGAUUUGCUGAUGCAUUUCUGACUUAUUGCCAGCUUGUAGACAAUGCCCGGCUAUACAGUACAAAUUCUUUGGAAGGCCCACCUAAGUUGAUAGGAUGGAAAGAUAGAGACAAGACAUUGCUCGUUGAUCCAGAUGAAAUAGAUUGUUUGAAGAGGAUUUCUACGUUGAAUGAAAAGGCCAACAACAUAUAUGAACUUUACAAGCACCCCAACCCAACUUGUGAAGCUGGAUCGAUAUGGAAAGACAUUGUACUAUCUCCUUCAAGGUUGAACAUCCAACAAGAGCUGAAGUAUUCAAUCCAAAAGGUUGAGAAAAUAAAAUGUACUAGUAGCUCUUUAUGAAGCAGUGAUGACACUUUUCCACCUUUAGCUUUUAAGAUAAGGUUCACAAGAUAGAAAACCAUCUAAAGUACAAAAGUAAAGCAUUAAGAUAUGCUCAAUGAGCUUACAUAGGUUAUUGGAAUUUAUGACCGAGGAAAAUUUAUGUUUGUUGUGCCGACGUGAUGAACUAUAAGUGUACAAAAGAACACCAUAUAGUCAAAAUCUUGAAAUUGAAAAUUCUAGAAUUUGUUUUGCUCAGUCA